AUGCAUUUUCUCAACGGGAAAGCGGCAGCGGUCGCCUUAGUGUUUCUCAAUUCUUGCAAUGCCCUCAAGAUUACCAUCCUCGCAGAUACCAAUCGCGAUGGCAAGGUCGACAACAACGACGUUACUGGCAAAUCCACGUGGACAAACGAUAAAGGCGCUCUAAUUCUUCCCAACAUUGGCGAUACUGGUCGCCGUUGCGCCAAGAAAUGGGGUCCAAGUGCUGAUAUCCAAGGAGACGAAUCGUAUUUGGACAAGUGCAACGACGCCUCAGACAACGUGCAGCGAAAUCCUAAAUAUCUCGCUCCACUGAAAACUCUCCCUUUGGCCAGCUUGAGCGCAUCUGCCAAAGGUUCAAUCGCCAUUGCCGACAAAGCAGCCGCCUCCAAAGUCCGAAUCUUUGUCAAGCAGAGCGGCAAGUGGAAUUACGUGGCCGCAGACCAUGUCUUCACUGCCCAAGAGCUAAAGUCCGGACUUGAGCUGGGUAUUGAUGCCCGUGAUGUCCGUCGCCCUCAAGGCUGGAAUGGUUAUGCCAAGAUCCAGUUCACUAUCACCGAUGGCAAGGCCAAAGCGACUGAUGCCGUUGCUGUGCGAGUUGCGCCAGUACUGACACAUCAUCAUGGACAACACGCCCAGCGUAUCUUCACAACCGGCGUCAAUGAAGCAGGUUUCAACAAAGUCCAAGAGAAAUACGUCGCUGGUCUGUUGCGCAACGUUGGUGACGCUGGCAUCAAAGAGCCUGUCUUUCAAUUCCACAACCAGGAUAUUUGGACACAGGACUUUUUCGAACCUGGUUACGCGAGCAUCCCUGGCCCAAAAGGCCCUGUUAGCAUCCGCAUCAUGAUUCGGUCUGUCCAAAGCAGCCGAAGAUCAGGUCGCGACGCUUUCCACGACCUUCGCAAUGAUCAAGUCGGUGCUGUUCAGCACCCUGGUGACGGCGACUCAAUCGAUUCUACUGGUAACCUGGAAACCAUCCCUCCUUACAGCCACAAUGGAAAGAGCUUUCCCGUUGGUAGAACCAUCAUGGGUGCAUGGGAGGGAAGAGCUCCUCUCAUGGUAGAAUUCCUCAAAGCUCAACAGGUUCAGGACCCUCUGAUUCUCGACACAAGCUGGCUAUAUGUUGGCCACGUGGAUGAGUUCAUCCAGUUCCUACCUAGUGAUAACAAGCGUGGUUGGGUCAUCAUGGUUGCUGAUCCGAUGAAGGGUGUUGAUCUCUUGAAGAAGGCGGCUAAGGCUGGCCAUGGUAAAGUGAAAGCUGUGUCGCGUCCUCUGUCGGCAGAUGAGAAGAAUGAACACUUGUGUCUCCCCCGACAGACCAUUGCCGAGACCCUCAAGUUCAACAAAUUUGAUGCUAUCAACAAAAAUUCAGCUCAGCGCAUCGAAGCAAAUCUCGAUAUCAUCAAGCAAGAGACCAGCAUCACAGAGGAAGAUAUCCAUCGCGUCCCUGCACUUUUCUACUACACCGAGUCAAAUAGUUGGCUAUGCGCUGGUGAGAGCUCGUCUCAGACUGCAGAGGUCGCUUCAACACAACCUCAGAAGGCUGCAAGCAACUCAGGUAUCACAAUGAAAGCUCCGCAAGGCGGGCCUAGCUUCAAGGCCAAGUCCAUUGUCGAGGCAGCUACUCCCAAGAAAUCUAUUCAUCGCCGUGCGAUAGACCCCGCUACCCAGGUCACGACUCUUUAUCCAGACAGUGUCAACGGUCUAGUUAUGACAGACUCCAGGGUUCUGGUGCCCAACCCUUGGGGUCCUGUGAUCAACAAACAGGACAUCUUCGCGGCUGCCGUGUCCGAAGUAUAUGCCAAUGUUGGCUACAAUGUUACAUACCAGGAUGAUUGGUUCUCUCAUUUUAAGUUGCAAGGAGAUGUUCAUUGCGGUAGUAAUUCGUGGAGGGCUAUAACUAAGAAGUGGUGGUGA